UGUUAUAUUAGUAAAAAUACGAAUUCAAUCGCCUUGAUUGCUUCAGACAAAUUGUAAAGAAAUAUCAUAUCUUUAAAAAUAUAUCAUUAAAAACUUCAACGCAUCCCUGUGACACACGUUUAAGCUUAUUUUCGAAGUGGCAAAAAUUACAUCAAUAUGCUGCUAAACCUUAUUUUGCAUUUUUCUUAGUUAUUUGUUAUGUAAGGGUUAUGAAACUUACAUGGUGUUCAUAGAACACUCUAAUGAAUACAUUUUGAGCAUUGGAAAGUAUCUUUGUAGUCAAAUAAUGCUUAAAUAGAGGGUGCCCAUUUUGCCCCACAUGCCCAUUUUGCCCCGCUUUCCCCUACAGCUCUUCUAUCAACACAACAUCCAACCAAUCCAACCAAAAUGAAGUUCUUCAUUGCAAUCAUGGCUGUGGCGUUCGUCGCUGCCUCGGAGGCGUCCUACCUGCCAUACGAUGAUGUCCUGUCCUACCAGCACGGCUACGGCUAUGGACUUCCGGUGUCGAAGGUGGUCUAUGGCUCGUCGUACGGUCUCCCAGCAGCGGUGGACAAGUAUUCCUACCCAUCAUCGUUGUACGGUUCCUAUCCGGCCGUGAAGAAAGUGGUCGAAUACCCGUCGGUUGCUCCAGUGCUGGCCACCAAGGUCGUUGAUAACAGCUACGAUCUGGGAUACAACAAGCUGGUCGCUCCAGUUCUGAGCAGCGGAUACGGUCUGGGAUACAACAAGCUGGUCAGCGGAUACGGUCUGGGAUACAACAAGCUGGUCGCUCCCGUCGUCGCCACCAAAGUCGUCGAUUAUGGACUGUGGAACUAUGGAGGAUACGGCCUGGGAUACAACAAGUAUCUGUCGACUGCUCCCGUUGCCAAAUAUGUUUUCUAAAUGUCAUUCUAUCCGUACAUGAUGUACAUACACACACACACGCAUGCGCACACACAUACGUGAAGUCAUUUUAGGCUUUGCCUGCUAAUCCCGCGCACGGAUUGUCACCGCUCGUUCAUGUAUGUUCGUUAUUCUCGUUUCGUUCUUUUGUUCGAUCUUCAUCGAGCGUUUGUUACUUCCUUCGCAUUGA